UCUCUCUCUCUCUCUCUCUCUCUCUCUCUCUCUCUCUCUCUCUCUCUCUCUCUCUCCCCUCCCACCGCACAACGCAUUCAAAAACCAAAAACGAACGAGAUUGGAAGGCAGGAAGGAAGCAAAUCCCACUUUUCGUCCGCCUCCUUCAGGGAUUCGAUUUUUCAAUCUGGAGGCGUGGCGGAGGAUUUAGGAUAUUUUGAUUUGGGAUCGAGGGGUUUUCGCAUUAGGUCGAGAUGGAUAGUUCGGAAUGUGUUCAAGUGGCUGUCAAUGUGAGGCCCUUGAUUACCUCCGAGCUUCUGGUAGGCUGCACAGAUUGCAUUUCCGUCGUUCCCGGUGAACCCCAGGUGCAAAUUGGGACACAUUCAUUCACAUAUGAUUAUGUGUAUGGUAGCUCCGGACUUCCUUCCAAUGCGGUGUAUGACGAUUGUGUUGCUCCGCUUGUUGAUGCCCUUUUCCAUGGAUACAAUGCGACUGUACUCGCUUAUGGACAGACGGGUUCCGGUAAGACAUAUACAAUGGGGACUAACUAUACUGGAGAAGGAAGUAAUGGUGGAAUAGUACCCAAAGUGAUGGAAAGUAUAUUUAAGAAAGUGGAGACAACGAAAGAUAACACGGAGUUUUUGAUCAGGGUAUCAUUUAUUGAGAUAUUUAAGGAGGAAGUAUUUGAUUUGCUUGACCCAAAUUCAUCAUCACUCCACAAAAACGAAGGGGCAGCACCUGCAAAGCCUGUCCCAGCAAGAGUGCCUAUACAAAUUAGAGAAACAGUGAAUGGAGGGAUAACUCUUGCUGGUGUCACUGAGGCAGAGGUUAGAACAAAAGAAGAGAUGGCAUCAUAUCUCACUCGUGGAUCAUUAUCUCGUGCUACUGGGAGCACCAAUAUGAACAGCCAGUCAAGCCGUUCACAUGCAAUAUUUACAAUAACUAUGGAGCAGAAGAGGAUAGCUCACUCUCUGAAUGGAGCAAAUAAUGAUGAUAUUGGUGAUGAUAUCUUAUGCGCCAAGCUCCAUUUAGUGGAUUUAGCAGGGUCUGAGCGGGCAAAACGGACAGGUGCUGACGGAAUGCGGUUGAAAGAAGGCAUUCAUAUCAACAAGGGUUUACUUGCUCUUGGCAAUGUGAUAAGUGCCUUGGGAGAUGAAAAGAAGCGGAAAGAAGGCGGCCAUGUUCCAUAUCGUGAUAGCAAAUUAACACGUUUGUUACAGGAUUCACUCGGAGGAAAUAGUAAGACAGUGAUGAUUGCUUGUGUUAGUCCAGCUGACACAAAUGCUGAAGAGACGUUGAAUACUUUGAAAUAUGCUAAUCGUGCUCGCAACAUCCAGAAUAAGGCAGUUGUCAAUCGUGAUCCCAUGGCAGCUCAGUUGCAAACAAUGAGAAGCCAGAUUGAACAGUUACAGACUGAACUUUUAUUUUAUCGUGGCGAUGCUAGUGCACCAUAUGAGGAACUUCAGAUCCUGAAGCACAAAGUAUCGUUACUCGAAGAAAGCAAUGUGGAAUUGCGUCACGAGCUUCAAGAACGUCGAGUUUCAUGUGAACAUCUAAAGCAACGUGCUUUUGAGGCUCAGGUUGAAAAAGAUAAACUGGCCAUGAUAAUUGAAUCAGCACGAAGUGGUAAACCUUGGGAUGAGAUUGACUCGAAUUCAGUUCAGGAUUAUGACUUGCUAAAAGGUUAUGUGUCAAAAAUUCAGGAGUUAGAAGGGGAAUUAUUGUGCUUGAAAAAAUCAAACAACUCAAAGCACAAGAGACUUGUUGAGUGUGCUGAGUCAGAUGAUGACAGCUUUCGCUCUAAGAAUAUAUUAUUCCCCUCUAUCAAUGAAUAUUCAUCUGAUUAUGAUACUAAAGCUGGGGAUAUUUCAGUUGACGAGAUUGAAGAUCACGAAAAGGAGCAAAAGGAGCAAGAAUUUUCUUCUCUUCAAGAAAAAUUUGACAGGGAGCUCAAAGAAUUGGACAAAGCUCUUGAACAGAAGGAGGCUGAAAUGAAGCGGUUUACUACUUCUGAUACCUCGGUUCUUAAACUACAUUAUGAGAAGAAAGUUCAGGAGUUAGAGCAUGAAAAGAAAACACUGCAGAAAGAGAUUGAGGAGUUGAGACACAAUCUUUCAAAUAUAUCAUCUACUUCUGAUGAUGGUGCUCAAAAGUUGAAAGAAGAUUAUCUACACAAGUUGAAUGUCCUUGAAGGGCAGGUUUCUGAGCUCAAAAAGAAGCAAGAUGCUCAAGCUCAACUCUUGAGACAAAAACAAAAAAGUGAUGAGGCUGCAAAGCGACUUCAGGAUGAAAUACAGAGAAUAAAGACUCAAAAGGUUCAACUGCAACACAAGAUCAAACAAGAGUCUGAGCAGUUUAGAUUAUGGAAAACAUCACGAGAAAAAGAAGUUCUUCAGCUUAAGAAAGAGGGGAGGAGGAAUGAGUAUGAAAUGCAUAAACUAUUAGCUUUGAAUCAGAGGCAAAAAAUGGUUUUGCAACGGAAGACAGAAGAAGCUUCUAUGGCCACAAAAAGGCUAAAAGAGCUUUUAGAAUCGCGAAAGACUUCUUCACGUGAAACUUUUGGAGCUGGCAGUGGACAUGGUCCUGGAGUUCAGGCUUUGAUGCAGGCAAUUGAACAUGAGCUUGAAGUCACAGUUCGGGUGCAUGAAGUACGUUCUGAGUAUGAGCGUCAAAUGGAAGAGCGGGCUAGGAUGGCCAAGGAGGUUGCAAAGCUAAAAGAAGAAGCAGAAAUGUUAAAACGAACUAAUUUCAGCGAUUACCCUGAAUCUAUGUCUCCUGGUGCAAGAAAUUCGAGGAUUUAUGCACUUGAAAACAUGCUUGCUACUUCAUCUAGCACCCUGGUUUCUAUGGCAUCACAAUUAUCAGAAGCAGAAGAGCGCGAGCGGGGUUUUACUGGGAGGGCACGCUGGAACCAAGUUCGGUCUCUUGCUGAUGCAAAAAAUGUGAUGAAUCAUUUGUUCAAUUUAGCUUCUUCCUCCAGGUGCUUGUUGCGAGAUAAAGAAGUUGCAUACAGAGAGAGGGAUUUGGAAAUAAGAGAUUUGAAGGAAAAAGUUGUAAGCUUGAGUCGUUUCCUUAGAAAAUCAGAGAUGCAGAGGUCUGAACUUGUUCAUCAGAAUGCAGCCUUGAAGAAAUUUGCCAUGAACUGUUCCAAGGAUGCGGACCUAAACAAUGGUGGACACAAGUAUGAUUUGCGCAAACUGGAAAACCGGGCAUCGUUUAUCUGGGAGGAUAUGGAUACGUCUGAUUCAGAAAAAUCUGAAGCGGAGGAUGGCGACUGGGUGAUGUCAGGAAAACGACCAUCUAAAAAGAGAAAAUCCAAAAGUGGAAGUUCAAGUGGGGGAGGAUAUAAUGAGUCAGAAAUUAAGAAUGUUGGAGGCUUCAAAUUAGAUGCUUCAGGUGAGGGGAUUGUGUCUGUGAAGAAAAGUGAAUCAGGCGUAUGCUGCUCUUGCAGCAAAAGCUCCUCAUGCAAAACUAGCAAAUGCGAAUGCCGGUCUUCCAGAGGCACUUGUGGGUCAUCAUGUGGCUGCGCGGCUGCAAAGUGUUCAAAUAGAGAAUCAGCUUCACUUGUGGCGCAAGAAUCUGCACACGCGGAGGUGUCUGAAGUGAUUAGAAACGAGAUAGGGACUGAUGAAGAAGAGAAGAAUCAGAUUCUUGUUACUCAUGGUGCAAGGUUGCUUCAGAAUGCAUUAGCUGAUAACUCUAGCGAGACAACUGAUGAUGGUGAACUAAGAAGGAAGGCUCUUUCCGAAAUUGGAAAUACGUUGGUCAAAUCCAACGCACCAAAGCCUAACCAGAGAAAGAAGUGGCGAAAAUCCACAAUUCAACUUGUUACAAAUGCUCCGCCUCCCCCGCAGCCAGAAGUUGCUGAAGCACCUCGAAGGCCAGAUAACAAAGGACAUGAGGCAAGCAUCCCUAUGAAGCUACCAAGGGCCAUGCGAUCAGUUGCUGCAUCAAACGUUGGCAACCCAUUUAGAGAAAGGAAUGCCGAAAAACCUGAACAAUCGGGCGCCAACAAGGAAGCUGGAAUUCCUGCGGCACCAACAAGUCCUCUCCGGCAGAAGAGAACAACAGAUGAGAAGGAAAACCACCUUUGAACUUGGUUGCCUCUCUCUCAUUGGCAUUGUCUUAUACCAGAAGUUUGAAGCAGGUCGUCGUAGCGAUGUAGGAUUUGAGGUGGCCGCCCAUGAGGAUUUAUCGAUCUGGAGCCCUGAUUUGUGUUUGAUUGUUGAAGAUAGAAGAGAGAGAUGUAGGUGGUUUGGCCUUUGUUGGCUCUGUUGCUUAGACGGUGUUGCUCAGGACUCAGGAGUGUUGAUAUUGUUAGUUCUCUAUCCACCAUUUUUAAUGGCAUUUUGUAGAUACACUCAGAGCACACCAAUGAGAUUAACAUGGUUUUCCAUUAAAUCAGGCACGGAACUGUGCAGAGGACUAAUCAUCUGGGGGAAGUAAUUAAUGAAAACAUAUACGGCUGAUUUGGAAGUGCUUUUAAAAUGA